AUGCAUGGCGGCAUCAGGCGAGAGACAGGCGGCCGACCAACGGGCGAGCCGGGCUGUUGGAGACGACUGGGACCGGUCAGAGCAGAGAGAGACAAGAGAGAGCAGAUAAUCCCUGAAAAGAUGGCUUUACUGGGGCGAGUUUUUGCUUGUGUGAGCCUUCUCGCGCGAUCCCGGCGCCGUCUAUCACUCUAUCUCGUAACGCGUGUCUCUUCCCCGUUUCCAACCAAUGCUCCGAUAAGCCAUCGCCCUGGUAUCAUCCUAGCUGAAGACCCGCUGCUAUCCCUCACCAAAGACCUUCCCAGCGACCCGCUACUAUCGUGGUUCGCCAAGCCUCCUCGGGGUCCCCGCACCUUGGCAAGCUCCCUGACCGGCCUAUGGCUCACUGCGGAUAGGAUCGCUCCUUAUCUCGCUUGGCAGGUGACCCUCAUUAGACAAGUCGGGCCUAUGGACACAGGCGGCGUAUCAGCUAGGAAAGGAAGGUCCGGGAUCGAUCGACGGGGCGCUGUUCCCUUGGCAUUCCUCUUGGCAGACGGGGGAUGCUUCGUUGCUUAUUUGCUUGGCGCGAGGUCAAGUGGCAAGACCGGUGGCAGCGCCGCAGCGGCCCCCGGGGUUGGACGGCGCUUCGGUAUCACGUCGACGCACAGAAGCCUCGCAGAAGCCUUCGAUGGCGAUUUCGAGUUAGACGAAGGGCCCGUCGACACACAAAAGCAGCUUGGAGGCCGAGGGAAGCCGCCCCCUGGCGUCGCAUGCGGACCUGCAAAGCAACUCGGCCGCCGGAGCCUCGGAUCUGGCCGGGAUGGUGUGCGCGAGAAUCACAGGAUGCGUCUUUCUAGAAGGGAGAAUCGCAGCGACAACCCUGUCCUAUGUCCUAGCGCCGGGCGAUUGAAUGAAGCCAAAAUACCAUUGAUAUACCGCCCGGAACCACCUGCGACAAUCACAAUCGCCUCGUCCGCCUCGGAUGUCGCACUGCGGGGUAAUCCAGCUCGUAGACGAUUGCACUCAUGACACAUGCAUCUGCCGUAAGUAAUUAUGUGUAAUAAGAA